AUGGAUCCAGCUCAAUUCGGCAUCAGCUCUCUUCCGCUACAACACGAACCAUAUGGCCCCAUCCACCCCAAAGCUCUCGAAGGUUCCAAUGCGGGGAAGGUGGCCCUCAUAACAGGCGCAGGUCAGGGCAUUGGCGCAGCCAUUUCCGAAUCAUUGGCGAAAUCUGGGGCCAGCGUAGCUAUCUUGGAUCUCAAUGCCAACAACCUAAUCCAGACCAAGAAGACAUGUUUGGCUUUUGGCGGCAAAGUCGAAGCAUUUACUUGCGAUGUGACGGAUAAGAACCGAGUUGGCGAAGUUCUGGCGCAGGUGGAGAGGCAGCUAGGUCCGAUCGAUGUGCUUGUUAAUAACGCGGGCAUCUUCGAACAGAGGCCAUUCAUCAUGGGUGAUUUCAACAUCUUUUGGAAACAGAUCGAGGUCAAUUUCAAAGCCCCCUUGAUGCUCAUACAUGAGAUUCUGCCACGCAUGCGCGACCGCGGACACGGCUGUAUCAUCAACAUUGCUUCUCGGUCCGGAACCGUCGACGUACCCAUGACACUUGGUUACGUGUCUUCCAAGGCAGCGCUCAUCCGCGCAACACAUACGCUGCAAAAGGAGAUGGAGCUUGAUGGCCUUGAUCCUGCGAUUCACAUGUAUGCACUGCAUCCCGGUGGUGUACUCGGCAACAUGGGUGGAGCUGGUCCGCCGGACGACGUCAAGGCGAAGUAUGGCGAUAUCAGUGGUGAAGAAUUCUUCAAGCACCUCUUCAAGGAUGGGCCGUCGCUUUGCGGGCAGACAUGUGCGUGGCUGGCAAGCGGCCAAGGGAAAGAGCUCAGAGGACUUUUCUUGGAUUGCCGACAGGAUGUUGCGAAGCUGCUAGACAUUGGACGUGAGACUUUGCUGAAAGAAAAUCGGAAUACUUUGACGGUAAACUUCAUUGACGGCUACUGCAAUGAGCCUUGA